AUGAGCGACGACAGAGUCUGCAGGACAGAGCUGGACUCGGAGCACCAGGGCGAGCUGGCCGACUUGGUGGCAGCCAUGAACGUGGCCGCCGACGGCACAACCACACCCAAUGGCUACAGGCCCGGUGCUCCGAGGGCCAGCAAACUCUCAGACAGGAAGAUGUCACUGCAGGAGAGAGGGAGCCGCAUGGCCCGACAGCGCACCAUCGAGACCAAACGUGUGUCCAUCACAGAUGCUGAUGAUUGUGUCCAGCUCAACCAGUAUAAAUUGAAGAAAGAGAUUGGAAAGGGUUCAUACGGAGUGGUAAAAUUAGCAUAUAAUGAAGAUUCUGAGCAGUAUUAUGCAAUGAAAGUGGUUUCAAAGAAAAGGCUGAUGAAGCAGUUUGGAUUUCUGCGCCGCCUGCCUCCUCAAGGAUCAAACGCUGUGUUUCCUCUGGAGAAAGUGUACAAGGAGAUCGCCAUUCUGAAGAAACUGGACCAUCAUAAUGUUGUUAAACUGGUGGAGGUGCUUGAUGAUCCUGCUGAAGAUGGACUUCAUAUGGCCUUCGAUUUGAUGACAAAGGGCCCGGUGAUGGAGGUGCCUACAGACGACCCUUUCACAGAGGACCAGGCUCGCUUUUACUUCAGAGAUAUCAUCCUGGGAAUAGAGUACUUGCACUACCACAAGAUCAUCCAUAGGGACAUCAAACCCUCCAACCUGCUGCUUGGGGACGACGGUCACGUCAAGAUUGCAGACUUUGGCGUGAGCAAUGAGUUUGAGGGGACGGACGCCCUCCUGUCGAGCACGGCGGGGACGCCGGCCUUCAUGGCCCCGGAGAUGAUUACCGAACACGAGCACAGCUUCAGCGGGAAGGCAUUAGAUAUAUGGGCGAUGGGAGUCACACUCUACUGUUUUGUCUUUGGGAAGUGCCCUUUUUAUGACAAAUACAUUGUCUCUCUGCACAACAAGAUCAAGAACAAGCCUGUGGAGUUUCCAGAGACACCAUUAAUAAGUUAUGAAUUGAAGGAGCUCAUUGAGAGGAUGCUGGAUAAGAACCCUGAAACACGAAUCACCAUUCCUGAGAUUAAGCUCCAUACGUGGGUGACAGAGAACGGCUCCAACCCUCUUCCUCUGGAGGAGGAGCACUGCAGGGAGGUGGAGGUCACUGAGGAGGAGGUGCAGAACAGCGUCAAACUCAUCCCUAGUCUUUCCGCUGUGAUCCUUGUGAAGACUAUGCUGAGGAAGCGGUCUUUUAGUAAUCCCUUUGAGUGUCUGGGCAGACGGGCGGAGAGGUCCAUGUCUGCCCCCGGAGGUCUUCUUACUGGCUCUUGGGGCUUAUUGGGGUCUUCGGCUCAUCUUCAUCCUUCCUUGAGGAAUGUCAGCAAAGAGGGGAGCAGGGAGGAGUUGGAGGACUUGUAUGAAGAUGAUGCAUUUACAGAGAUAACAGAUUAA